CGUCACUCGUCUUCCUACGAUGCGGCGGGUGAGGAUUACCUGCAACGCGUCCUCGAGCUUCCUCCAGCAUGCGCCAAUGAGCCACAGCUUGACGUCCACGUGCAUCAUCUCCGCCGGCGCCGUCGAGGCAGCACCGGCUACGUAAUAUGGCCAGCCAUGAGCACGCCCGUGCAGCGAACCAUCCACCUCCACCCCGUGAACGGCCGUGGUUGUUGCCUUAUAACCGCAAGCUCCGGCAUCUUCAAGGCAUCACCAUCCGCAACCUCACCCUCACCCUGACCCCUCCAAGGAUGCGGGGGAAAACAUUCGACGAUGAAGCCAUACCCAGCACGCUCAAGUCGCCUGCAAAGUUCCUCGCCCUGAGUGAGAACAAGGGAUUGGGGCACUCCCGCUCAUCCAGCGACCUGAAGACCAAGAGCGAUGCCUCACGACAUGCGAAUGGAGGCUUGCGCGCGUCAAACGCACCUCCCAAACCUGAGAGACCUGUCAAGGGACUGCGCAGGCGGAGCACGCUGGAGUGGAUUAGCGCCAGCCCAUUGACGCGCCAGAAGAAGCUCGAGGACAUUUCUGCAGGCCGUCAAGCAGACACCUUCUUCACCCUACACAUCGACGGCCAGCAGGAGCCCGUAUACAUAUCCGAAGUCGCGGAGAAGGCCAUGAAUCCAAACUUCAAAUUCUUCGAACUGGGACCAUGUGGGCCACGCGUGACUCGACUUGACAAACUGACCGUCAGAGUGUGGGCCAAGACCGAGACCAUGAAAGACUGGCAGUACUUGAUCGAGUAUACGCCACAUUUCAAGUCGUUGCAGUUUAUUGGAAAGACGCUGGGAAGCUUUCGACACGCACUUCCGCAGAACUGCAUACUUUUCCACAUGACUGACGGCAUCUACACCAGCUUCAUGGACUUGGACGUCAAGGAAAGGGCACAACAAGCAGUCCUCGCACCUCCCAAACAGCAUCCAGAGGGUAAAGUGCUCAACUCGUCUUCCUACGACGCACUGAUGCGACUCUCCACCCUGGACGAUUGCAUCCAGGACGCAUUGACCACACGGGACGGCAUUGCUAGGGAAAUCGAGACCAUUCUAGAAUCAAACAGAGAAGCGAUCUCAACGGUGGAGCAGGUCCCCGAAGCUGAAGAUAGCUUGAGAACAGUGCAGGCUGCAGCAGCCGCUGAGAAACGUCGAGUCGACGCUGUGCGCCGAAAACGAGACGAACUAACAGCAAGCAUCAAGUCCCGGCGAGAGAAGAUGUUCGCCGGGCAAGCACAGCAGACUGACAUUGACACCAACCUGCCCACCCAAAAAGAUAAUCACACCGGGAUGGGGGAUCUGGUAGACAAGAUCGAGGAGGAUGUCGCAGGACAACGGCGACGUAUAUGCGAGGACAUACUGCGAAUCUUCCCCAUUGAGCCCGUUCCUGGCAAGUCUUUCUCUUUCACGAUACGCGGCCUCUUACUACCCAAUUCUGAGUUCGACGACGUGAAGGAGGAUGUCACCACUGCAGCGUUGGGGUACGUAGCUCAAGUCAUCAACCUCCUCUCGCCCUACCUGUCAGUAAUCCUACCCUAUCCGAUAACACCGCUCGGCUCAACUUCCACCAUCGAAGACCCCCUAGCCAUGGGCCACAGCAACCAGCACAAUCCCCGCACCUACCCUCUGUACAUGAAAGGCGUCGUCCGCUACCGCUUCGAGUACGGCGUCUUCCUCCUCAACAAGGACAUAGAGAUUCUAUCAAACGCCCUUGGCCUCCGCCCAGUCGACAUACGCCACACACUGCCCAACCUGAAAUACCUCCUGUACGUCGCAACAGCGGGCAAGGGCGAACUGCCAGCGAGGAAAUCAGGCGGCAUCAAGGGACUGCUGCGGCAUGAUGGCGCUCACUCUAGGCGGGGGAGCGUGGAUAGCACGGCGACGGCGAGCAGUUUUGGCGCGAUUGUUACUGAGGCGAAGGGGAAGGUUGAGGGUGUUGGGGCGGGGGCGAGGAAGACGGAGAUGUCGUCUGCGGUGGCGAGCUUGAAGCAGAAGACUAAUACGCUUCCCGGGAGUAGAUUGAGGCCUGUUGAGUAGGGGGGAUCUUAUCUUCUGUGGGGAGGUGGUGUGGUUUGUGUGUAGAUAUGAUACCUUUCACAACUACAAUUAAGUAUUC